AUGGCAGAUAAUAAUUUUUUCUUGUAUACCUUUGGCCUCAAAGCUGGUCAAUGUGUGGAGGUGGAUGGCUACAUUCUGGAGGGCUGUAAGAGGUUUUUCAUAAACUUGGGAAGAGAUUCUAAGAAUUUAGUGGUGCAGUUUAAUGCUCGAUUUGACUAUCAUGGAGAGCAGUAUGUUCUGGUCUUGAACUCACUGGAGGACAAUGUCUGGGGAAUGGAGCAGAGGGACAGAAUCUCCCCUUCCAGGAGGGGUCAGACACCAUGGUUUGCUUCCAGUUUGAGCUAG